UGGAUUAGUUUUCAACGCCUCAGAUUGCUCCAAUGUCACACCGUGCCAUGCCAUAGCAAAGUCACCGAAUCUGAAUCCGCCUUAUCCACCAACGAACCCACCCCAACCCACACCGCGCACGCGCACGCGCAAUCGCAGCAUCACCAGCAUGGCGUCCCACGCCCACUGCGCCCCCGCCGCCAACCUCUCGCCGUCCCCGGGCCCGUGCCUCCCGCUGCGCCUGCGCCGUCGCGACCGCGAGCUCCCUCGCCCAGCUCGCGCCGCGCUCCAGCGCCGUCACGCCGUCGGCAUUGUGCGGACGAAUCGCCGCCGCGGCGCCGUCGCCUGCAGGAGGCGGCGGGUGCGGCACGAGGAGGAGGACGAGGAGGAGUACGGGCACAACGAGGAGAUGGCGCGGUUGGAGCGGUACAGCGAGGGCGCGCGCGACCAAGCACUCCUCGUCAAGGCCAGGGUCGACGACGAGGUGGAGGUCGUGCUCGUCUUCAAGGGAUUCUCGUCGAGGCUGAGCGGGAGAACGGCGGCGGAUCCAGCGAUGAGCGUGCUGCCGGAGAGGGCGAUCAUACAGACGGUGGACGUGGUGAGGGGCCCGUUCAAUCCCACCAACAUCGAGUACCUGGAGAAGGAUCUUCCAUGGGACGACUUCAAGAGCCGCCUCCAUUAGCAAAAAAUGUAGCUCUACCAAGAAUGCGGAUCCUUUCAGUUGGCAACAAGGCAUCUAAAAUCUCUCAUGAUAUAUCAGUGGAGGUGCUAAAUCAACAAAGAAUAUAUAUAUCUGCAUUCAUAUCAGUGUGAUCCCGGAGGACCAGCUCAUCAUCAUCAACAUCAUACAAAAAGGCCAAGAUGGCCAAGGAAAUAUACUUGUCUGACAAGGUAGAAAGGACACUCGCAUGAAAGAAAAAAGAAAGAAAGAAUAGUGUACGGAUCUCCAUGUGAAUCCAGACGUAAAUGGAAUUAGAGCA